AUGCCUCGUGAGUGCGCUGUUAAAAUGUGCGAAAACAAACAAAAGACUUGGUCGGCUCUAAUGUUUCACCGACUUCCAUUGAGUAAUCCGGACCGAUUGAAACUAUGGAUGGUUGCCCUGAACAAAGAUGCUGAUACUCCGACCGAGGACCUCAGAAAGUUACUAGUUUGCUCGGAACAUUUUCUACCGGGGGACUAUUAUGAGAAGUUGGGACAGGACAGACAUACGAGGAUGAGAAUCAUGAAAAGUUUCCUGAAGGAUACAGCGGUGCCAUCAGUGGGCGUUCACACGCCAGGACAACGUGGAAUAAUGGCGGUAAGUGUAAUUUAAAUAAUAUCUGAUUGAUUGAAUAGUGUUAUUGUUCCUUGAUAAAUGACAAACUAGAGCGUAGGUUUAACAACUUUUAAUAACCAGAUGCUGGAACUACCAAUGUAGCUAGCUAUCAACCACUGCGUGCGUGGCGCAUUGUAUUAUGGGUAGCGUAGUCUUCGUGUUUUUAACACACAACACAAAUAAAAGCUGUUCUGAUAACAUUUCAUAGGGCUGUCACUUUACUGGUGGACAAGCUGUUUCAGUGUCAUUCGCUACCUUUGUGUGAAUGCCCUCCUCAGAGCGCAUACACACACACACACACACAGACGCACGCACACACACACACACACACAGACGCACACACACACAGACGCACACACACACACACACACACACACACACACACACACACACACACACACACACACAAGUACAACACCCACUUUUAGCCAAAGAAUAGCCAAGUACAACAAAACGACUAAGUCAACUUUGUGCCAUUUUUUUGGUGCCUUUAUUCAGUUUCAAAGUCAAAUAAAUAAUAGCAUUUCCACAUGCAACAGAAAGGAACCAUGACUUAACUGUAUAGUGUUAGCUAGCCUUCUAAUAGAUGACAGCAUGCCACAAAAAGAGAACAGUUAUUAUAGGGAGAAUAUCAAUCGCAUUUCCUUGACUCCUUGUACUCUCGCCUCGCCCCCUUCUCAAAACCCAUUGGAUGAGGUCAGAGGGGAGGGACCUCUCAUCACACCCAAUGGGGUUUAAGAAGGAGGAGAGAAUCAAGGAAAUGCAAUUGAGAUUCUCCCACGGCCUUGUUCAAAGCCAAAUUGAUUGCAUGCCUACACAUGUUCUCAUGUGUUUAUUCCAAAUGAAUACGGACAUUUCCUGGUCCCCGUCCCUUUCUCCCAGGUUGAGACAGGAGACGUGCCUCCAGCUGUAGACAAUCCACCAGGUACAGACUCAGCAUCUCCUCCAACCCCACAACAGAGCUCCGCCCAUGGAGGGUCAGGUGUUGCUACGGCUACUGCAGGGUUCAUCUCCCAACCGGGUCGUCAACAGACAGCGUCGGGGACAGAGCCUGCUCCAAGCUCUGGGACGUACGUGGCCCUGGCACUUAGGAAGGUAAUGCUGUUGUUUUGCUAUCAUGAUGUUCUGCUAGCUAUUGAUGGAUAGUAUGUUAAUAGCCUUAAACCAGCCUUUGAACGGCUCAUUGGGGCAGUAGCCUAUCUCCUGUUUCUGUAGUGAGACAGCCUGAUGUACCAGGACACCCCCUGGACAGGACACUAGUCUAUCUCCUGUUUCUGUAGUGAGGCAGCUUGAUGUACAGUACACCCCUGGAGCAGGACACUAGUCUAUCUCCUGUUUCUGUAGUGAGACAGCUUGAAUGUACCAGUACCACCCCCUGGACAGAACUGUCUCCUCCUUUUUUCUGUAUGGACGCUUGUGUACCAGUACACCCCCCGGGAAAGGACACUUCAUCUCCUUUUCUUAGAAGCAGCCUAUGUACCUCCCCCCCUGGACGGGACCUAGUCACUCCUGUUUCUGUAGUAAACACCUGUUUUCCCAGAAAACCCCCCCGGACAGGACAUAUCAUCCCCUGUUUCUUUUAUGAGACAGCUUGAUGUACAAAAACCCCCCCGGACAGGACCUAGCUUCUCCUGUUUCUUAUGGACGCUUUUUUACAUACCCCCCCUGGCCCGGACACUAGUCUAUCCCCUUUUUUUGUAGUGAGACGCUUGAUUACAUAACCCCCCUGGACAGGAACAAUCUAUCCCUGUUUCUGAUUGAACAGUUUUAUUCCAGUACACCCCCGGGACAGGACACUAGUCUAUCUCUGUUUCUUAGUGAGCCUUGAUGUACCGUACCCCCCUGGACGGGACCUAGUCUAUCUCCUGUUUCUGUAGUGAGACGUUUGAGUACCAGUCACCCCCGGGACGGGACAUAUCUUCUCCUUUUUUGUAUGAGCAGCUUGAGUACAUACACCCCGGACAGCAUAGUUACUCCUUUUCUUAGUGAGACAUUUUUGAGUCCCCGGGAACCCCCCCUGGACGGGCCCCAAAGUUAUCUCCUUUUUUCUUUGGGAACAGUUGAUUUACCAUACACCCCCUGGACGGAAAAUAGUCAAUCCCUGUUUCUGUAGGAACAGUUUGAUGUACCAUAAAACCCCCGGGCAGGACACUGCUUCCCCUGUUUCUUGGGACAUUGAUGUCCCGUAACCCCCUGGACGGACACAUCAAUCUCCUUUUUCUGUAGUGAACACUUUAUGUACAAACCCCCCCGGGGACGGACACGGGCUAUCCCUUUUCUGUAUGAGAACUUGUGUACCUCCCCCCGGGAGAGGACACAGUUUUCUCCUUUUCGUGGGAGACGCUUUGUCCGGGAAACCCCCCCGGGACAGAACCAGCUAUUCCUUUUCGUAGGCACCCUGAGUACCAUCACCCCCGGGAAAAGGACAUAGUUAUCCCCUUUUUCGAGUAAGACGCCUGAUGUACCAGUAACCCCCUACGGACACUAGUCAAUCUCCGUUUCUUAGUGAGACAUUUGAUUACAAACCCCCUGGACGGCACUGUCUAUCUCCUGUUCUGUAGGAGACAGUUGAUGUACAGUCACCCCCGAAGGACACUAGUCACUCCGGUUUUUCUGUGUGAGACAUUGAUGUACCAGACCCCCUGGAAGGCCUAUCUAUCUCCUGUUUCUGUAGUGGGGAAGUUAAAUACCAGUACACCCCCCUACAGCACAGUCAUCCCGUUUCGUAUAAACGUUGAGGCCCAAGUACACCCCCCGGACGGGCCCUAGUCUAUCUCCUGUUUCUUAUGAGCGCUUGAGUACAUCCCCCUGGAAGGACAUAGUCACCCCCCCUUUUUUCGUAGUGAGACGCUUGUGUACAUACACCCCCUGGCAGGCCCAGUCUUUUCCCGUUUCUGUAUAGACAGUUUGAUUUUACCUCCACCCCCGGACGGGAACCGUUAUUCCGUUUCUGUAGUGGCAGCUUGGUACAGUACACCCCCUGGACGACACUAGUAUACCCUGUUUCUGAUGAGACGCUUAUUACCGGGACACCCCCUGGAAGGCCUGUCUAUCUCCUGUUUCGUAUAACAGUUUGAUGGCCCAGUACACCCCCCUGGACAGGACACUAUCUUUUCCCUUUUCUGUGUGGACAGCUUAUUACAGUACCCCCCUGGAGGACACUAGUCUACCUCCUGUUUCUGUAUGGACAGCUUGAUGUACCAGUACCCCCCCUGGAAGGACACUAGUCUAUUCCUGUUUCUGUAGUGAACGCUUGAUGCCCCAUCCCCCCCUGGACGGACCUAGUCUAUCUCCUUUUUUUUGAUGAAUAGCUUAUGUACAGUAACCCCCCGGCGGGGCACUAGUAUAUCCCCUUUUUCUGUAUGAGCCCCUUGAGUACCGGGACCCCCGGACGGACAUAUCUAUCUCCUUUUCUGUAGGAGACCCUUAUGUACCAGACACCCCCGGGAACGGACACUGCCCUUACCUCCUUUUCUGUUGGACCCCCUUGAUGACCAGAAAACCCCCCGGACAGGACAUAGUUAUCUCCUUUUUCGUAGUGAGACCCCGAUUCCCAGUCACCCCCCGGACAGGACACUAGUCUAUUUCCUUUUUCUGUAGGGACAGUUUGUGUACGUAACCCCCGGGGCAGGAACUAUCUAUAAAAGGGCCCUGAUGGAUAAACUACGGUUAUUGGGUUUGGGGCGAUGCUGAUUUUUUUUAUGUUUUGCAAAAAUUUUCCCCUCUAAGACUACAAGGGGGACGCAUGCAAAGGAAAAAAAAAAACCCCAACUUUCUGUGGUAUCUGUCUGGCUUUUCCCCUGCAUUCUGUUGAUACGCUUGUUUAUUGGUCCGGCUCUUUCUGUUAUACGCUUGAUCUUUCCAGACUAUUCAAAAUAUUUGACCUAUUGGGUCCGACUCAUUCUGUUGUACAGCUUAUUUUGGCCCAGACUCUUCUUUAUCCCGUUCGUAUUGGCCAGACUCUUCUGUUGAAAAAGCUUCGUUUUGGCCAAUCGGGGACCUUCAUUGCAUGUAACAUGGGGAUGGAAAGAUAAAAAGGGCCCAAUCCUUUAUCGGGGGUGGAGAAGAAGCGGGUUAGGUAAGGUCUGUCUUAGCGUGCAGGAACACUUAAAAAAAAACGCUGCACACUGCUAGUAAGGGGCGUCUAGCGUAGCCCCUUCAAAAGGAAAACCUGCCCUAUCUAGGAAAGGUGCUGUCACGUACAAAACACUUAAAAGGGAAACGCUGCACACUAGUUAGGAGGGGCUGUCUACGUAGAGAACCUUAAAAGGAAACGCGCAACUGUCUGGUAAGGUGCUUUCUCGUACGAACACUUAAAAAGGGGAAACGGCCACUAGUCUGGUAAGGGGCUGCUAGCGUAGCAAAACAUUAAAAAGGAAAACCUGCACACUAUUUUUGGUGCGUCUAGCGACGAACCUUCAAAGGAAACGUGCACACAGUCUAGAAGGGGCUGUCUCGUGCAGAACACUUAAAAAGGAAACCGCACACUAUCUAGGUAGGUUGUCUAGGUAGCAAACACUUCAAAAGGAAACUGACACUGUCUGGGUAAGGGGGCUUUAGCGUGAAAAAUUCAAAGGAAACGUGCACCCCCUAGUAAGGGCUGUUAGCGUAGCAGAACAUUCAAAAAAAGCUGCCCUAGUCUAGGUAAGGGGUGUCGCUACAGAACACUUCAAAAGGAAACCCUGCACACUAGUCUAGGUAAGGGGCUGUCUAGCGUAGCAAAACCUUCAAAGGAACGCUGAAAAAUAGUCAGGUAAGGGGCUGUCAGCGUGCAAACAUUUUAAAAAGGAACCUGCACACUAUCGGGUGGGGGGUUUCUAGCGUCAAAAACACUUAAAAAGGAACGCUGACACUAGUCUGGAAAGGGUGCUAGCGUGCAAAAACUUCAAAGGAAACCUGCACCUUCUAGGUAAGGUCGUCUACUAGCGAACACUUCAAAAGGAAAAACGCUGAACCAUCAGGAAAGGUCUGUUAGCGUACAAAACCUUAAAAAGGAAACGCGCCCUAGUUUUGGGGAAAGGGCUGCCCGGUAGCAAAACCUUUAAAAAGGGAAAACGCUGCCACUAGUCGGGAAAGGGGUUCUAGCGUAGCAAACAUUUAAAAAAGGGAACGCUCCACAGUCUAGGUAAGUGCUUCUAGCGUGCAGAAAUUUUCAAAAGGAAAGCGCACAUAGUCGGAAAGGGGCUUCUAGCUAGCAGAACCUUUUAAAAAGAACCGCGCCCCUAGUCUUAGGUGCGUCUACGUAGCAAAACAUUCAAAAGGCGCUGCACACUAUCGCCCCAAACGUUUCCAACCAAAGCUUCUUAUCAGAGUGCAGUUUUUUCCCCCCAAUUUCCCCUUUUCCUUUUAAACGUAUAUAUUUUUUAUUCUGUCAAAUCAGGUGGAGCGCAGGAAGAAAGGCCGAAUGGACACAGCCGUUAAGAAGACUGCAGUGAAGGACUGUGCCAUAUGAGGUCUGGGGGCUGCCAGCGAUGCCAGGUCCCAGUGUCGCACGCCUUUCACCCUCCCCCCUCCCCUCCACCCGGGGGCCAGCUCUGCCCUAGUGUCCGGAGAAGUGGAUGGAGGAGGAUGGAGCGAAAGGAAGUGGAUCGUGAACGAGUCGAAACUCAAGGAGCUUUUCCAGACGUGCCACCGGUGUGGAGCUGCCCUGCGCACGGCUAAACCGUUUUGGGGGUUCACCCAAAAUAAAAGUCCCUGGUUUUGCCCCGACAAGCAAAAGGGGGAGAGUGGC